AUGCCAUUUGAACGGUCAAGAAAGGAGGUACGGGAGAUCGGAGUAUCUUCAGAUUCCAUUAACCGUCCACCGAAAGCAUUCCAGCCGUAUGUAUCUAAUUCUCGUAACUCGUCUGUGAUCAGAGGCUUGAGCCAGAUAUACCCACCAGGCACACAAACACCAAACUCUCAUGUUACCCACACAUCGUUUGCCUCUCAAGGAGAGAACUCCAAUUCAUCUUUCAGUUCCUCUGUUCAACAAGAAGAAGCUAAGCUACGAUGGAAUGCCGAUGAGGAACUGAAGAAGAUGUCCAAAGAGCUUCUGCGUCUGCAAAAGUGGUGUCUGAUUGUCGGACUCGCCGUCAUUAAUGGCGUUCUUAUCUUCGUGGCCUGGAGCUACUGGCAAGUGUAUUACCUCUUCAUUGUCCUGCUCAGCUCCAACACCGUUUUACAAGCCUCUAUGAUUCUAUGCAUCGUUGGGCAUUUGCUGAUAACGAAGGUGUUCUGCUUUUGGCUGAAACGCAAAGAGAAUGUUCCCAGCUGCCCAGAGACAAUGGUGAUGCUGCUCCCCUGCUACAAUGAGACUCACGAAGAGCUUAGCCGAUCAUUGGAUUCCCUCAUCGAGCAGAACGAUAUCGAUGAGCAUCCGCGGUUGAUCUUCAUCGUUGUGGAUGGCAAUGUAAAAGGUCCCGGAAUGGAAAAGACGACACAAGAGUAUCUAAUGCAAGAUAUUUUGCAGCCGUCCGCUGUCAAACAUUUUGAAAACGGGUACAGAGCGCGGGAUGGCUUGUUUAUGCCUGUCAAGAUACAGACCGGCUUCUUCAAGGGCAUUCCGUAUGUCCUUGUUGGAAAACGAUACAACCAGGGGAAGAGGGAUAGCUUGUGUUUCGCAAGAUCCUUCAUUUACCACUUUUGCAAAAGAUCCGAAAAUGCAGUCACCAUGUUUAGCAACGAGCUAUUCGAGUACAUUGGUGGCUCCUUUGUCCAAAAUGGACUUGAACACGUGGAUUACCUGGUCGGUAUGGAUGCGGAUACUGUCUUUGAAGAAAACUGCAUUCGAGAAAUGGUCCUGGAGAUCCGGAAGAAUCCGAAGCUGGUUGGUGUAUGCGGGCAUGUAUGUGUUGACUUUGACGGAAACAACUUUGGUCCAUGGUCUUUGUACCAGUCUGUUGAAUAUUCCCAAACUCAGGGCCUUCGUCGCAUGUUCCAGUCUCGCAUUACAGGCAAAGUGAAUUGCCUACCAGGAUGCUGCCAACUUAUUCGGGUGGACGAAGCCACAUUUGGUGAUGAGGUACUGCGUGAACGAUUUGGCUACUGUCCCAAACCAAAUGAUGUUAUGACACAGCACAUCAUGGGGAACUAUUCUGAAGACAGCAUUCAUGCGAGUAUUAUUUUCAGCUUAUUCCCGAAGAAGCAAACAGCGCAAGCUUUGAGGGCAAAAGCCUUCACUAUUGUCCCACAGAACUGGAAGGUAUUCCUCUCGCAGCGGAAAAGAUGGGCAUUGGGUAGCAUAUCCAACGAAUUUGUCAUGAUAUUCCGGCCUGGCAUCAUUCUGGUUGAGCGGCUACAGAGUGUAGUAGCCGUGGUAACUUGGGCUAUCACACCAUUCAUCAUUGCAGCCUUUGUCGAGCUGAUUAUUCUUUUGGUUAGACGAGGUCGCGAGGCUAUGCAGGACCCAAUGUUUCUUGGGCUAAUUUGUAUACUAUGGAUGAGAUAUGUGUAUUCUUUUUGCAUCGGCUUUUGGUUACCACGAAACAACCUCGAGCGGUUGCAGUAUUUCAUCGGCUUCUUCUUUCACUUCAUGACAUCGCCGUUUAUGAACAUUAUUAUCUUGGUAUAUUCCUUGUUUCAUUCGGAUGACUUCAAAUGGGGUAAAACGAGAGAAGUGGUUGGCGAUGACUCGGUGAGCGAAAGCGAUCAAACAGGAUGCCGAAGGGAACACUAA